GGGGCCCCUCUGCUUAUACACUGGUCCUAAAGGACCACAGAGAACCAGCAGUGCAUCAGGGCACCCAGGUGCUUCAAGCCCAGGGAAGAGAGCCCUUCUUCAGCCUUACUCUCCGCAGCACCAGGCUCUCUGCAUCUGGAGGAUAGGGGGCGAACGACAUUGGACAUGAUGACCACACGGGGAAGGAGGAGAGAGAGCGGAGGAAGAGGAGGAGUGCAAAGUUUGGAUGAAGUUGUGUCCUGGUGGCAGCGCACAGUCGCAGAUAGCUCACACCGGACAAACAUGGCGCGGCUCCGGCUCGUGCUCCUCGCCGCGUUGCUAUGGCAAUUCAGCCGCGCGCAGCAGAGAGGAUUGUUCCCAGCAGUAUUGAACCUGGCUUCGAUGGCGGAUAUAACAACCAAUGCAACAUGCGGUCAACCAGAACCGGAGAUGUUCUGUAAGCUCGUAGAACAUGUGCCAGGUCAACCUGUGAGAAACCCUCAAUGUCGAAUCUGCAACCAGAACAGCGUGAAACCAUUUGAGCGCCACCCCAUAGAAUACGCCAUCGACGGGACCAACCGGUGGUGGCAAAGUCCCUCCAUCAAGAAUGGAAUGAAGUACCACUAUGUGACAAUAACAUUGGACUUGAAACAGGUUUUCCAGAUAGCCUAUGUGAUCAUUAAGGCCGCCAACUCGCCUCGCCCGGGUAACUGGAUCUUGGAGCGUUCAAUAGACGGGACGACCUUUGAACCCUGGCAGUACUACGCCAUGACAGACACGGAGUGCCUAACCCGCUUCAACAUCAACCCAAACAGAGGACCUCCAUCGUACACGAGGGAUGACGAAGUGAUCUGCACAUCCUUCUAUUCCAAGAUCCAACCCCUGGAGAAUGGAGAGAUCCACGCUUCUCUAAUCAAUGGCCGUCCCAGUGCAGAUGACCCGUCCCCGACCUUGCUGAACUUCACCUCCGCCCGCUACAUCAGGUUGGUGUUCCAGAGGAUCAGGACGCUCAACGCCGACCUCAUGACCCUGACCCUGCGAGACCCCAGGGAUGUCGAUCCUAUUGUGACCAGACGGUACUACUAUUCCAUUAAGGAUAUUUCAGUCGGCGGGAUGUGUAUAUGUUACGGUCACGCAAAGGCCUGCCCCCUCAACACCGCUGCCAAGAAGUUUAGCUGUGAAUGCGAACACAACACAUGCGGAGAGAGCUGCGAUCGCUGUUGCCCUGGUUACCACCAGCAACCCUGGAUGGCCGGGACCUUCCUCACGCGACAUGUUUGUGAGAAGUGCAACUGCCAUGGGAAGGCUGAAGAAUGCCACUUUAAUCAGACGGUAGCAGACCUAUCCCUCAGCCUGGACGUCCACAGCCAGUACCGAGGAGGCGGAGUGUGUAUUUCCUGCCGUGACAACACAGGCGGUAUCAACUGUCAGAGCUGUGUUGCCGGCUAUUACCGACCUGAAGGAGUGAACGCUGAAGACGAAAACCCCUGCGUGCCCUGCUCAUGUGACUCCCAUGGUUCUCUUGGGCAAACGUGUGUUGAGGACUCAAGCCAGGCGACGCCCACCCAGCCACCAGGGUCAUGCCGGUGCAGGGAAGGGUUUGGGGGUCCGCGAUGUGACAGGUGUGCUGUUGGUUAUAUGGGCUACCCAGACUGUCAGCGCUGUAAGUGCAGCCUGGAGGGAAGCAGCAACGCUGACCCGUGUACCUCCCCCUGCGUGUGCAAGGAGAAUGUGAAGGGGGAGAACUGUGACCGCUGCAAAGCGGGCUUCUACAAUCUCCAACGCCACGAUCCACGCGGCUGUGAGCAAUGUUCCUGCAUGGGCGUCGCGAGCCAGUGCUCUGCCUCCACGUGGGUUUAUCAGAAUGAGAGCAUUCUGACUGGCUGGCACCUGAGUGGGGAUUCAGGACGGAGGGCGUGGCCUAUCCACAGCCAGACGCCUCUCUAUCUAAGUGUCCAGCAUGCAGAUGUCGUAGACAUGCUUGGCUCUGCCUACUACUGGAGCGCACCUGAAGUAUACCUUGGAAACAAGCUGUCUGCCUAUGGAGGGAGCGUGGUCUACACUGUGUCUUACAGUACAGAUCAGCAGGAACAGAUGGCUAUCCGAGUCACCUCAGAACCCGAUCUUAUCAUUGAGGGAGGCGGGAUCAAGAUUAUGGACAGACGGUACGGCCAGCCUGUGUACCCGCCCUCACCGAUCACCAAUCGCAUUUCUCUCCUUCCUGAGAACUUCCUGGUUUCUGAGACUGUUCAGCCAAUCAGUCGUAAGGACUUCUUGGCUGUGUUAGCAAACAUAACCAGUCUGACAAUCAGGGCCUCUUACAGUACAGAGGCCAGUGCUGUGUACAGACUCCACUCGUUCUCGAUGCAGGUGGGCCAUCCUUUUGCCACAGGAGAGAGGAUAGCGUCAGCUGUCGAGAUGUGCUCUUGUCCUCCAGGAUAUGCUGGGACAUCCUGCGAGGCUUGUGUUGCUGGAUUUCGUAGAGUGGAUGGACACCUGUACAACGGUGUGUGUGAAGUGUGUCGUUGUCAUGGACACGCUACACAAUGCCACCACAUCACUGGUGACUGCCUGGACUGCUCCCACCACACCAUAGGUCCCCACUGUGACACCUGCCUACCUGGUUUCUACGGUAACGCCACCCGGGGGUCAGUUACAGAUUGUCAGCUCUGCGCUUGCCCACUGAGUCUGCCUAGUAACAAUUUCAGUCCAACCUGCCACCUGAGCGGGGAAGGCGAGAUGCUGUGUGACCGCUGUGAGCCUGGACACACAGGAGCACGAUGUGACAGGUGUGCCAACGGGUAUUACGGCCAACCCGGCGUCCCGGGGAGCUUCUGCCAGCCCUGCGAUUGCCAUGGUAACCUGGACCUGACUACACCUGGCAGCUGUGAUCCAAUCACAGGCCAGUGUCUGCACUGUCGCCAAGGGUACGGCGGCGGGACAUGCGACAGUUGCGAUGAAGGUUACUUUGGCGACGCCAUCACGGCGAGGAACUGCCGCUCCUGUCAGUGCCACAUUAACGGCUCUGUCUCACAAGUCUGCAACAAGGAGAGCGGCCAGUGCCGGUGCAAAGUAAACGUGGUUGGACGGCAGUGUGACGACUGCAUGCCUCAGACAUACGGCAUCGCCACAGGUGGACACUGCGUGCCGUGUCACUGUAACUCCUUUGGCUCCAAGUCGUUUGACUGCGACGAAAACGGUCAGUGUCGGUGCCAGCCGGGUGUCAGCGGACCUAAAUGUGAUCGCUGCUCGAGAGGGUUCUUCAACUUCCAGGAAGGAGGCUGCACACCGUGUCUCUGCAGCCAUGUGGGGAAUAACUGUGACGCCAACACAGGACAGUGCAUCUGUCCUCCAAACACGGUGGGCGAGAGGUGCGACCGCUGCGCUCCCAACCACUGGGGCCACGACAUCAUGACUGGAUGCAAGGAGUGUGGCUGCAGCGUGGUGGGCUCAGUGAGCCAGCAGUGCAACAUCAACACAGGCUGCUGUCUCUGCCGGGACUCUUUCCGAGGAGAGAAAUGUAACGAAUGUAAGCUGGGCUACAGAGACUUUCCUCAGUGCACCGCGUGCACAUGUAACGUCUUGGGGUCAGACAGCGUGACAUGUGACCUGGAAAGAGGAGUUUGUGCCUGCGCAGAUCGAACUGGGAAGUGCAGCUGCAAGGAAAACGUAAUUGGAGACUACUGUGACCGCUGCAGGCAUGACACAUUGGGGUUGUCGGUGAGAAACCCGCAGGGCUGCAGUAAAUGUUACUGUUACGGCCUGACACACUCCUGCAGUGAAGCACAGGGACUCAUCAGGAUGUGGUUAACGCUGAGGCCCGAGCAGACCGUGCUCCCCCUGGUGGAUAAAUCGAACAUUGUUGAGACCAGAACAGGCGUGACCUUCCAGCACCCUGAGAUCCUCGCACAUUCUGAGCUGGUCACCAGCGUUCUUUCCGAGCCUUAUUAUUGGAAACUCCCGCAGCAGUUCAGAGGCUCCAUGAUCACAGCAUACGGGGGAAAGUUGAAGUACGCCGUCUACUACGAGGCCAGAGAUGAAACCGGUGUCUCGUCGUACGAGCCUCAGGUCAUCGUUAAGGGCGGUCCUAACCACAACAUUGUGAUGACACGCCAUGUAGCGGGACUCCUGAUUGGUCAGCUCACACGCCAUGAGAUUGACAUGACAGAGCACGAAUGGAAGCAUGCAGAUGGACACUCCAUGACCCGCCAGGACUUCAUGGACGUUUUGUUCUACGUGGACUACAUCCUCAUUAAGGCGUCGCAUGGCAAUCAAAUGAGACACAGCCGGAUUUCUGAGAUCAGUCUCACUGUGGCAGAAGAAGGCGUGCCCACCAAGGAGAGUGAGAAAGCUUCUGAAAUAGAAAAGUGUGACUGUCCAAGUGGAUAUUCUGGCCUGUCCUGUGAGGAGUGUGCGGCAGGGUUCUACCGUCUCCGCAGUGGCACUCAUGCGCCCGCUCCGGCCUCCAGAGUUCCCACUGCUGUAGGCAUGGGCAGCUGUGUUCAGUGCCAGUGCAGCGGCCACUCAACCACCUGUGACCCUGACACGUCCAUAUGCCAGAACUGCCAAGACAACACAGAGGGUGAUCGGUGUGAGCGUUGUGCUCCAGGAUUCUACGGUGUGGUCCGAGGAUCCCCUGAUGACUGCAAACCUUGCGCCUGCCCCCUCACCUACCCUGGAAACAAUUUUAGUCCAUCGUGCGUGACGGAAGGCUUUGACGACUACAGAUGCACAGCCUGUCCUGAGGGAUACGAGGGCAAAUACUGUGACAGGUGUUCCACUGGUUACCAUGGUAACCCUCGAAAGCCCGGCGGUCGAUGCGAGGAGUGUAAGUGUUCCUCGUGGGGGGCGUUGCCCGGACCAUGUGACCCUGUCACUGGCCAGUGCCAGUGCACGGUCGGGGCGUCUGGGAGGUCAUGUGACCAGUGCAUGGAGAGGCAUGUGUGUGGACCAUCUGGCAUCAUCUCGUGUGACGACGAGUGCUCAGGCCUGUUGAUCAGUGACAUGGACCGCCUGUAUCGCAUCAUCUCUGACGUCACCCUGACCACACCCCUGCCGCCACCUUACAGGAUGCUGUACCGCUUUGAGAACAUGACCGAAGAACUCAGGCACAUGCUGUCACCUCAGAAAGCUCCGGAGAGAUUACUGCAGCUGGCUGACUCCAACCUGGGAUCCCUGGUUGUGGAGAUGGACCAACUACACAGCAGGGCCACUAAGGUGUCGGCUGACGGAGAACAAGUGGAAGACGAUGCCGACAGAAUUCAGAAGCGAGCCGAGGACCUGGAGAAGUUCAUCAGGGACACGCUGCUGGGAGCUCAAGUCCUCCGGUCCAAGGCUGACGAGUUAAACCGGAUGUUGGCCCGCAAAGACGGAACGCCAGACAAAAGUGUGACGCAGAUAAAGGAGGAGAUUCAGGCCAUGCUGGCCGAGAUGAGGAGGCGGCAGCUUGGAGGGAAGAAGAGCAUUGCUGUGGAGGAGAUGGAUCUGGCUGAGGAGUUAUUCGUAAAAGUGAAGAGGAUGUUCGGUGAUCCUCAUCAGGCCACAGAAGACCUGAAAGCAGAGAUAAAAGGGAAGCUGUCGGACCAAGAGAGCAAUCUCCAAGAGGCCCAAGAUCUUCUUCACUCUGCCCGGGGAAAGACCAGGCUGGCUGGCUCACUGGGUGACCAGAACCGAGCUAACCUCACAAUCUUAGAGAGGAAACAUUCUGCAGUCCUUGGGGUGAAGCAACAAGCACAAAAGGUCCUGGUCGAAGGAGAACAUCUUCUGGAUGACGCCAACCAGCUUUCAGACAACUUGAAUAAGGAGUUAGAGGACGCAGAGGAGAUGAGAAGAGACCUCAAUCCUCUCCAUGAGCAGCUGGACGACAAAGUCCGUCACCUCAUCGAUGGAUUAGGCGGCGGCAGCCUGGCUGCGCGUGUGCGGUCGGCCGAGGAGCACGCGCAGCAGCUGAAUGAAUCUGCCGCCAUUUUGGACGGAAUUUUGGCUGAAGCGAAGAAUCUGUCCUUCAACGCAACAGCCGCCUUUAAAGCUUACACAAACAUUAAAGCCAACGUUGAUGCAGCGGAGAAAGAGGCCAAGGCGGCCAAACAGAAGGCAUCAGAAGCACUGGCAAUGGCUUUAGGCCCAGAGAUUCCAGUGAAGGAGGAGGCUCAAGUUGCCCUCCAGAAGAGUCUGAGACUGCUGAACCAAGCUAAGCAACUUCAUAAUGAUGUUAAAGAUAAUGCCCAGAGUGUUUCCGGGCUGAAGGGCCGAGUCAAAGCUGCAAGAGACAGAACCAAAGACCUGCUAAAAGCCAUUAACGGAACCAUGGCAACACUCACCGCUAUGCCCAAUGACACAGCAGCCAAAUUAGCAGCGACCAAGGCUGUAGCCGCUGACGCUAACGCUACAGCCAUCGAGGUCCUGGAGCGUCUUGCUGUUUUGAACCUUCAGGUGCGUGACAUACAGAAGAACUACAGCCAGUUGGCGGUCACGGUCAGCACCGCCAAUCAGAUGAUCCGAGACCCUGAGAAGAACAUCCACGCUGCAGGAGCUAAAGUGAAGGAUUUAGAGGAUGAAGCUGACAGGCUGUUGGAGAAGCUGCAGCCCAUCAGAAAGCUGGAGGACAAUUUGAGGCGAAACAUCUCCCAAAUCAAGGAGCUCAUCAUUCAAGCCAGGAAACAAGCCAACUCAAUCAAAGUCUCGGUGUCAUCAGGUGGCGACUGUCUCCGUAGUUACCGGCCAGACAUCCGGAAGGGCAGGUACAACACCAUCAUCCUUCACGUCAAAACCACCACGCCCGAUAAUCUGCUCUUCUACCUCGGUUCUGCCAAAUAUGUGGAUUUCUUAGCUUUAGAGAUGCGCAAGGGCAAAGUGUAUUUCCUCUGGGACGUGGGUUCAGGUGUUGGAAGGGUGGAAUAUCCCCAUCUCAUCAUCCAUGACGGCAACUGGCACAGAAUCGAGGCUUCUCGUAACGGAUUGAAUGGUACCAUAUUAGUGUACCCUCUAGAAGGGCCACAGGCGGCCGUGGUGCCAAUCCCAAACAGCGCCAACUCCCCCACUACCUACAGCAUCCUGGACGUAGACCAGAACGCCUACCUGUUUGUUGGCGGAAUCCUUGGCACAAUCAAGAAAGCAGAUGCUGUAAGGACAACAACGUUCACAGGCUGCAUGGGGGAGACCUUCCUAGAUGGUAAACCUAUUGGACUUUGGAACUACAGAGAGAGACAAGGAGACUGUAAAGGAUGCGUUGUCAGCCCCCAGACUACAAAUGGCGAGGGGACUGUCCAGCUGGACGGGGAAGGCUACGCCGCAGUGGGACGACCCACAAGAUGGAACCCCAACGUUUCCAGCGUCACGUUCAAGUUCCGAACAUUCUCCACCGAUGCUCUGCUCAUGUAUCUGGCAACUGAAGACAUGAAGGACUUCAUGUCAUUGGAGUUGAAUGGGGGCAAGGUGAAGGUGAACUUUGACCUGGGAUCGGGGAUUGGCAACGCCAUAUCAGCGAACCGCCAAAAUGAUGGACGCUGGAAAUCUCUCACCAUGUCUCGCAACAAGAAGCAAGCCACAGUGACCAUUGUGGACAUUGACUCCAAUGCCGAGGAGAAGAUAGUGGCCACAUCUGAGGGUGCAGCCACUGGUCUGAACCUCAAGGAGAACCAGAGCAUUUUCUUUGGAGGUCUACCGACCAUCGGAAACUACAGCAUGAAAUCCAGGUCAGAGGUCAUCCUGAAGCGAUACAUAGGCUGCCUUCGGGAGAUUGAAGUAUCCCGAACUCCAUAUAAUCUCCUUAGUAGCUCAGAUUAUACUGGGGUCACUAAAGGGUGUAAUGUAGAGAACUUGUACACGGUCAGUUUCUCAAAGCCGGGAUACGUGGAGCUCGGUGGGUUGUCGCUGGCGGUCGGCACUGAGAUCAGCCUGUCGUUCAGCACCUUGGUCGACACCGGCACCUUGCUGUUAGCGGUGGGUGGGGUUCCGCCAAUCAACCAGCAGGUCCGUAACAAAAAUGGCAUCUCUAAGAGGAAGCGCAGACAAUCAGGAGAGCCCUACUUGUCGGUGAUGCUGAACAAAGGCUCCCUGGAGGUUCUGGUGUUUACAGGCAGCCACAGUCUGCGUCGUGUCAUUAGGCGGCCCGAGCAAGGCAUCCUGAGUGACGGCAGAGAACACUCGCUGCGCAUCGAGAGAUUACCCGGAAGAUCCUUCGCAGUUCAGGUGGAUGAGGAGGCGAAGAGGGAGGCGGCGCUUCCCAGCGACCAGCCAAUCAGCUUGCAGCGUCUGUUCCUGGGUGGCAUUCCAGCUGAGGUGGAGCAGACGUCCAACAGGGCUAACGUCCCGUUCCAGGGAUGCAUAUGGAACCUGAUGGUCAACAAUGUCCUCUCAGACUUCUCCCGGGCCGUGUCUUUCGACAAUGCUGAAAUCGGACAGUGUCCCAACUUGGCCCCGUCCCUUCUCCCACCUUACCCGCCAGACGAGGCUGAGACGUCGGAGAAGGAAGGCGAGUUGUCCAAACAGGAACUCCCUGCACCGACUGCCGGGCCCGCUCCGUCACCUCCUGGACUUCCUGCCGAGGCCACGCCCCCUGUUGUACCUGCUGCCACGCCCACUGCUGCUGCAGCCCCGCCCACUGCUGACACGGACUCGUGUCCCUCAGCUGUGGCCCCCGCGGCUCUGGAGAAGUCCUACCAGUUUGGACUGAGCAAGAACAGCCACAUGAGCUUCGCUUUUGAUGACGCCAAAGUUAGAGAAAGGUUGAUAUUGGAGUUUGAACUGAGAACCCAAGAAGAGUCAGGACUUGUUCUCUACAUGGCCAGGAUCAACCACGCCGACUUUGUGUCCAUUCAGAUUCAGAAGGGCCAGGUGUGUCUGGGUUAUGAUCUGGGUCACGGGAACACAUCUGGAUGCAUCCCCUUGUCCAUCAAUGAUGGCAUCUGGCACAAGGUGAGAGUGACUCGCAACAAGCAGAGAGCCGUUCUGGUGUUGGAUGGACGCUACACCAAACAGAUGAUCAGCCCAAAAAGGGCUGACUUGUUGGACGUGGUGGGCGUGGUCUAUGUGGGCGGUCUCCCACACAACUACACCACCAAGAGGAUCGGCCCGGUUGUUUACAGCAUCAACGGUUGUGUGCGUCACCUGAUGAUGGUGGGCGGUCCUGUCAGCACCAAAGGUGCUGCAACAGGUCGUUCUGAGGCCAUCAAUGAGGACUUCAAGCUCAACAUGGCCACGCCGACGUCGAGUCACAUGGUGGGACGAUGCUUUGCCGCCACGGAGGCAGGAACCUACUUUGAUGGAACAGGCUUCCUGAAAGCAGUGUCCACUUACAGAGUGGGUCUGGAUGUUUCCAUUGCUUUGGAGUUCAGGACCAGCAGAAUUAAUGGUGUGCUUUUGGGCGUCAGUAACCAUGGCAAUGAUGGUUUGGGUCUGGAGAUCGUGGAGGGAAAGCUGCUUUUCCACGUUGACAACGGGGCAGGACGCAUCACGGCGCUGCACGUCCCCGAGGGCGAGGGCUUCUGUGACGGCAGGUGGCACUCGGUGGUCGCCAACAAGCUCCGUCACAGAGUGGAGCUGCUGGUCGACGGCAAGCGGAGCCGAGCGGAAAGUUCCAGCGUGCGAUCGAACACCUGCGACACCAACGACCCCGUCUAUGUGGGAGGUUACCCAGACGGCGUCCACCAGGCGGCGCUCACCGGCCGCACGUCCUUCAGAGGCUGCAUGAGGAACCUGAAGAUCACCAAAGCCUCCAAGACCUUGGAGGUGCAAUUCAACAAGGCCCUGGAAGUCAAAGGAGUCCAACCGCUCUCUUGUCCCGCCGUUGCUGCUUAGCAACUGCCAUUAAGCUCAAUGGCAGGUGAAUCAUAGUCAACCAGCAUUGGGUCUGAAUUGAUGUGCAGUCUUGUCAAUAAAUGGUAAAUAUUUACUAACCAAAGUGUUUUGGGAUUGCUGCACUUUCACCGAGCUGAUGCAAACAUGAAUUCAUGUGCAAACACCACCAGGAGGAGAAUAAUGACACAUGUCCAUGUUGUUAUUUUAGACAGCAAAAACUACAAACAUGUCCUCCAUUUUUGUUUGUUUUCAUUUAAACUUCAAUUUGCUUCUGGCUUGUUUCAAUAUUUCCUUUUUUAAGACUUACUAGCCGACUUUUGCUUCCACACCGGAAAUGCUUUUUAAUUUGAAUAACCAUCUGUGGUAGGGAUGGGUACUGAAUUUGGUCUUUUUACAAACACAGACCAAAUUCCAUUGGUACUAACUGGUAACGAUUCAGGUAGAUUUAGACAAACUUUAACACCGGCUCACAUAAAUAAAUGAGUCAAGCAGCACUCAGAGGGAGUUUUGCUGAGUCCGCCUUGCAAUUUUCAACACCAACAAAGCAAGUAUGCUUGGUAGAAAAACACUCCCAGUAAGGCUCGACUUUUCUAAAAUGUGCUAGCUUGAUGCUAAUAUACAUUGGAUUUGCCAUAGACAGGCAACUACUAGCAUUAGCGAUUUUACAUGGCAAUUUUAAAACCUCCAAAUUUAGUCAUGAAAACUACAACUAAGAUGCAUUUUAUAGUCAAACAGCUGGUGGUGUAUAAGCAUUUUGUAGGGUGCAACAUAACAUUCAGCUUCAUAGAAACAGCUACUUCCUGGUUAGCCUAUCCAGUACUGCCAUCUAAUGUCUUGGAAGUGCAACUUAGACUUCAAUGUAAUAAAUACAGUGCAGAUAUAAUCAGCUCAAAUGUAAAAGCUACAUUAAAAAAUAAAUUUUAUUAUUAAACAAUACUUGCUAACACACCAGAGUACCAUAAAUUGAUACUGUUGUGUACCAGUUCAAAUGUAAAUGGUACCCAUCCCUACUGUGGGGACAUUCCAUGUUUAUUGUCUUCAAAGCCAAACAGGACCUAAAAGUCUUAAACUUUUGAAAGUUGUAAAAACAUUUUGGAGUCAUAUUUUUGUUUUGCUCAAAUUUCUUAAUGAACAUCAGUCCUAAACAAAAUAGCAUUUCUUGGAUUGUUGACAUUUACAGUCCAGAAAUACAAUUAAACAUGUCAAAUCUUAUUUUAAUAGCAUUUAGAAGGCCUUGUUAGCAAAUCAUUGCAGUUUUAAAAUAACUAAUUGCUUUAACUAAAAGCUAUUUUUGUUUAGGGCUGAAGUUCAUUUUAAGAUUUGGGUAAAAACGUGAAAUAAAUUGCAAAAUGUUUUUCAGUCUUUUGAAUAAUGAAGGACUUACUUUUUAGGUCCCGUUUGUCUUUGUGGUAUUGUUGAAUGACUGCCAGUGUAUUGCACACCUGUGAAAGAAUUGGACAUUGACAUGUUCAAAUGAAGAACACCCUCAGGUAAAAUCAUGUCAAAUGGGCUAACACGAAAAUAAUUACUGAUUUUGUCCCCCUGAGGGUUCAAACUACAUGCUGCUUGUGCUACGUCAAUUAAAAUAACUCUUUCACUCCUUUUAAAUAUUAAUUCAACUUUUUCGGAAUCUAUGUUUUGUUUUAGCAAUGUUUACAAAACGACAGCAAAAAAAGGAAAAUGGUAAUGCUGCUCACAAACUCCACUAGAGGGCAGUAUUGCAAUAGUAACUGCAUCUUAAACUUUAUUGCACUCAUGUAUUGAAUAUUACCUGUUUUAAGGUUUUUAACCUGAUUUUUAGAUAGAAGAGA